CGCCGGACUCUUUUUUUCAGACGAACACUAACACGGAAUUAACGGGCAGCAGCGACUAACACCGAACCGCUGUUUUAAUCCCUUCAGAGCCGGGUCGUCGUUCACUAGCAUGAAAACUAUGUUAACCAUUAUCUCUAACGCACUCUGUAGGAUCACCGGCCGGAAUGUGGGAGCCCAAACAGUGUCCGAGUUGCUGAUUGACCUGUCAGAAUACGUCAGUCUAACUUCACCAGCGGCGCCGGCCUUGGCCCAGACCCAGCGGCAACCACCCAAACCACCACCAGUCAGUACUAGAGCGUCUGCUGCUGAGUUAGUUAGCGGCCAGACCGACCAGCUAGACAGACCAGGUGCCAGAGUGGUGGUUUCACGCUCCUUCGCUGACUUCACCCCUCAGGCGACCUUUGACAUCAAGAAAUGCGACCUGCACCGUCUGGAGGAGGGUCCUCCGUUGAAGGCGGAGCUGACUCGGGAGCAGGGCCUGCAGUAUUACCGCAUCAUGCAGACUGUGCGGCGCAUGGAGCUGAAAGCCGAUCAGCUCUACAAACAGAAGAUCAUCAGGGGCUUCUGUCACCUGUAUGAUGGACAGGAAGCAUGUGCAGCAGGCAUCGAGGCCGCCAUCAACCCCUCCGAUCAUCUGAUCACUGCCUACCGCGCCCACGGAUACACAUACACCCGCGGCGUGCCGGUCAAAGAGAUCCUGGCCGAGCUCACGGGUCGUAAAGGGGGUGUGGCCAAAGGCAAAGGAGGCUCAAUGCACAUGUACGCUCCGAAUUUCUACGGAGGGAACGGCAUCGUGGGAGCUCAGGUUCCUCUGGGAGCUGGCAUCGCUCUGGCCUGCCAGUACCAAGGCAACAACCAGGUGUGUGUCGCGCUCUAUGGAGACGGGGCAGCCAAUCAGGGCCAGCUGUUUGAGUCAUUCAACAUGGCCGCCCUGUGGAAGCUGCCGUGUAUCUUCAUCUGCGAGAACAACAAGUACGGUAUGGGGACGUCUGUGGAGAGGGCUUCAGCCAGCACAGACUACUACAAGAGAGGAGACUUCAUACCAGGAAUCAGAGUGGACGGGAUGGACGUCCUGUGUGUCAGGGAGGCCACAAAGUUUGCUGCAGACCACUGCAGAUCUGGAAAGGGUCCAAUUAUAAUGGAGCUGCAGACCUACCGUUACCAUGGACAUAGCAUGAGCGACCCAGGCGUCAGCUACCGCACUCGUGAUGAGAUUCAGGAAGUGCGCAGUAAGAGUGACCCCAUCACCAUGCUGAAAGAGCGCAUGCUCGGCAACAACAUGGCAUCGGUAGAGGAGUUGAAGGAAAUCGAUGUUGCGAUCCGUAAGGAGGUGGAGGAGGCGGCUCAGUUUGCAACAUCAGAUCCGGAGCCUCCGCUGGAGGAGCUGUGCAACCACAUCUUCAGCAACAGCGCACCGCUGGAGAUCCGCGGGACGCACCCCUGGUCCACACUCAAGUCCGUCAGCUAGACUCACACCACACAACUCCACCUUCUAACCGACACCACCCAGCACUAAACGAGGCCCCUUCAACUGCACCUGACCUCUAAAAGACACAACGUUCAGCACCUCCUUCCUCGAUUAUCAGAUCAUUCCGCACCUUAAUGUGACUCCGCUUUGACCUAAAACCUACCAGUGUUAUUUAUUUAGUUUUAUAUAGAAGUAUUUAAGAUGUAUUCUUUGUCUGUAUGUUUGUGUCGGUCACCUGAGCGUUCUGUCAGUGUUCCUGUCAUCAGGCCACUGUGUGCGGUUACCCGAGAUGUUUGAAAAUGAGUUUGGUUUGUUGUGAGCGUCAUGAUUGUGUGUACUUUACAGGUUUUAAAAUACUGCAGGGCUGCCCGAUAUAUACGCACAAACCUUCUUAUUGUCUUAAGAGACGGCAGAAUAGGAUUUACUAUGUUUUAGACAAACACAACAGGGCACAACGAGCAAAGUGAGGCUGAAGCAGUGGUGGGGAAAAACUACGUACACUGUAGUACAGUAUCAAGUAAAAAUGUUACUUGUACUUUUAACUACACUACAUUUAUUGGAUGAAUUUGUUAUGUUUAUAGAUGAACAAAUAAAGGGGGUCAUUUUACAAUAUUUUAUCAGUGAGAGAGAUCGAUUCUGCACUGUGAUAGUUACUUUUACCUAAAAUGAUCUGAGUACUUGAGAGUACCACCACUGAGUAGACGGUAUGUAUUUGUGGUUUAGGACCAUGUAAGGAAAGAUGGCUGCUGAUCAGUGCUGUCAGAAAAUAUAUUAACAGUACUUUUCUGUCCAACAGCACUCGAGUACUUGAACUUCCCAGAUAAUCUCUACCACCUACCUGACUGAGCACGCAGACACUACUUUUAAAAAUCUGACACUAGUUAGUUGAUAAAACGGGAGGAAAGUCAGGUUUGGAGGGAACAAACCUGUUGGUAGAUUAAUGCACUUUGUUUCUGUGUGAUGGAGAGCGUGACCGCAACACACUUACAAUGUGGAACUAGUUUCGCCAAAUUCACUAUUUUGGGAAAGGGUGGGGGGGACAGCAGCAGGAUUUUCAGUUCCUCGUUUCUUUUUACAGUAAAGUUUACUGUUACUGGACCUGAGUUUGUACAGAUAUGAAGCUUGUGUGAGCUGAAAGACUGUUUGGCUGUAAAAUAAAUGCAUAAAGAAGAUAAAAA